CUCGAAAUUUACUUUGAGAAUGACUCACGCUUUUGUCUACCGGAAAGUUCUUGAAAUAUACCGAAAUUUUCUUACGUCGAAAAAUUUUACUUUUUUCCACAAACUACUCAAAUAAGUUUUUUAAAUUAAAUGGUAUCAAGAAAAUAUUUAUAUUUAAUACAAGUACAACCCUGUCGCAGUGAGAAACUAAUUACUAACUCACACGGUUGCGAGAUGUCAUUGCGUUUUGUAUCAUCCUAAACAGUUGGUGAUACACGCUACUAAGCACAACAUCUUCGACGAAAGAGGCUCGUAAAAAUAUUAUAUAUAAAAGUGUAUUUCAUUUCUAAAAGUGAUUAAAAGGAUUUGAUGACGAAAAAUAAAGAUAAAUCUAAUCAAAAUGCAUCGAGGGACUGGCGUCGGACGUCGGAACCCCUCAUCGAGGUGCCUGAAGAUGAAAGAGAACAUCCUCCACACUCGCUCCCUCGGUUGAGCGUGGUGAUGCCAGCCAGUUCUAAUUCAAGCAUGGAACACAUAUCUUCCCCAGUCAAACCAAGAAGAAAACCUCUUUCGCAUGGCGACGAAUCGAUGACCGUCGUCCUGUCAGCAUUUUAUGCUAAAUUGUUAAUAGUAUUAGGAAUAGCGUUACCUGUAACGAGCACCAUACAGAAUGAAGUUUAUACUAAUGUUAUAUCUGAUGUGUUCACUAUGUAUUUAUACAUAGUCAGUAUGCUCUUCUUGGGGUAUACCUUUUAUCAUCUUCGAAUUGCUAAAAGGGAUAAGGAUGAGAAUGUAAAACGAACCCGCUACGGUAGUUUUUACCUGCACAUGGGUGUGGCAGGGUUCGGAGUGGGUUCCAUCAUCUACUCUUGUCUGCAGUUCGGAGGUUACUUUGAUCUCUCAGGCGACUGCCGACUGGCUAUAGUCGCUAUGAAGCCAGCCCUUAGGAUAUUAUACUUAGUCGCCCAAACAGUCUUUAUAUUUUCUUAUACAGAUAUAUUGGAUCCAAUGCGAGGCGUAGUUCUCGACAGAUUUGGGCUCAUGCACUUAAUAGCAACGAACGUAUGUGAAUGGCUCAACGUCGUCGUUCAAGAGACACGAGAUGAUAUUUUAGUUAUGGCCUACGACCGGCCAGCGUUUAUCCGAUAUGCCAACGUAACUGGUGCUUCGAAAAUAUUUGUUAGAGAUCCAUUAGAAAAUAGUACACACAUUCAAGAUCAAUUAGCCAAUGUAACCAGCGAAAACUUCAUAUCAAAUACGACCUUAAACGUGUCUAAUAUCAUAGCGGAGAAUGUCAGCAACGUAUGGACUUGCAAUGUAUCUGAGAUGAUCACCCCUCUCAUCAGGAGUGUCAAUCCGUAUUUAAGACCAUGCGGUGUAGAAUACAGUCUGUUGUGUUCAAUCAUUAUCGUUGUUAUCUGGAACGACAUCUGCACAGUUCCAGGAUCUAAACCGAUAAAAGAGUCUGCACCACCCGCGACUGCCAAAGACCGGCAAUGCUGCGCUCGAGCCAAAUCAAAUAACCAUUUCUCUGUUGACUGUGGGAGUGCACAUAAAGGUCUAUUCAUGGGAGUGGCAGUUUUAGCGGGGACUAUUGUCAGUCUAAUGCUGUUCAACGGCUUGUUCCAGAAACAGGAGCAUAUGAAUUUAGCUUUGUUACAGAUAAACAUCUGGGAAUCAAUCCUAUUCUUGCUCAUGACUAUUGGUUCAGGAGCAUGUAUUCAAAGGAUGCGAACUUUGCCGCUAAAGCGCGCUGUCUCAACGUUACCAUUGGAACACGCCCUACUUCUGGUCACACAGUGUGGAGUUUAUUUAUACUACUUGUUUCAAAUUAUUGGGGCUGGAUUCUUUAUACAGCAAUAUUCUGGAGAAAAUCAAGCAACCAGGAUAAUAUCCCCUCUGUGUGCCGUUAUUCAAAGUUCCUGUCAGACACUACUGGUGCUGGACGCUUGGUCUCGCCGAUGUGCCGGCACGGGCAGGCAACGACCGGGUCGCCAACUAGUGACGUUCCUUCUCGUCGGAAACUUCGCUCUUUGGCUAAUAAAUCGAGUGAAAAAUUCAAGAGCCGAGUUUCAUCCCUUACAGAUGGAAUUCUACGGAGUUUGGGCUUGGACCCUCAUAACACACGUAUCAGUUCCACUUCUUGUAUGCUACCGGUUUCAAGCUACAGUGUGUUUCUAUGAAAUUUGGAAGAACUCCUAUAAAAGAACAAGACAAGCUAACAUGGAUUUAGACGACAUAGAACUAAAAAAUCAUCACAAUGCCUAGAUUUUAAAAAUUAACAUGAAAAUAAAUUAAAGGACUGAACUAUUCUCA